CGCUGCAUCUGUCCUUUAGCGUAUGUUUUUCUUACGUUAACCACGCUCACUUAUCAAACAAUUCUCCCCGAAUUAGAACUAAACGUCUGGACGGAAUACCUCCCAUCACUGCUUUACUGGAGUAAAACAUCAUUAAUUACAUCUUCGCGUCUGCAUUAACUCGUCUCAGUGCAUGUCGAAGCUUCUCGGCCUAGCAUAGUUUAGCUUGCUAGCCGCUAACAAAGAGACGCGUUUGUUUACACAUCGCUGAAGAGAUUAGCUGUGAGUGUAAAGUGUUGUGAAUAUCGUGUGAAAAUGUGUGCGACCCGUGUAAAACAAGAGUACGAGGAGAAAAUGUGUCAAACAAAAGGGGAGAACAAGAGACAACAUCAACGGCAGGACGCUGUUUUCAAGAAGCCUCAAAAUGUGUCACACAGAGCAGACGUGUGUCCUGAGAUGCAGGAGCGACAGUCCCAUCACAUGAAGGAGGCGGAGGAGGAAGAGGAAGAAGAGGAGGAGGAUGAGGAAGAGCACUACCACUUUAAACAGGAAGAUGAGGCAGAGCCCUCCCAGGUCAAAGAGGAGGAAGAGCUCGUCUACAUUAAAGAGGAGGAGGAGGAGGAAGAAAUCACCAAUUUGCCAUUGACGGUUGUCGUAUUGAAGAGUGAAGGCGAUGACGACGAAGGUCAAAGGGACGAGGCGCGAGGGGGUGAUCCUCCGAGCAGCAGCUCAAGUCAAUACAUAACAACAGAAGGUGAUGAAGACUUCUGCGGAGGAUCACAUGCAGACAGCCUUUUAGCUCCAUUAUCAGAUAGUGAUGACAAAAUGACACGCUCGCCUGACAUUGAUGAUGGUGAUGAACAAUCUAAAGGUGAUAUGACAUGUCACACUGACAACAAACGCUGGGAGUGUUCUCAAUGUGGGAAAACAUUUUGUUCAAAGUCAGGUUUGAACCUUCACAUGAGAAUACACUCAGGGGAGAAAUCUUUUGAUUGCUCAGUUUGUGGUAAAAUAUUCCCUACACAGGCACACUUGAGACCACACGCAAGAACACAUACUGGCGAGAAACCUUUUGCUUGCUCAAUUUGUGGUCAAAGAUUCUCGGAAAAUGGAAGCUUAAGAAGACACAUAAGAACACACACUGGGGAAAAACCUUAUACCUGCUCAGUUUGUGGUAAAGGUUUUGCGACUCAGGGAAAUUUAAGAACACACACAAGAACCCACACUGGCGAGAAGCCUUAUGCAUGCUCAUUUUGUGGUCAAAGAUUCUCUGGACAGGGAAGCUUAAGAAGACAUUCAAGAAUACACACUGAUUCUGGCAAAAGUUCAGACAACCUCUAUCUCUAUUAAGAAAAGGUACAUCAAUGAGAGUGGAGUUUAUGGAGACCAUUGCUGUGCCACAAACUGGGAAUGGUGAGACAGUUGAAAACCUUUUGGAUAAUUUCACCUGUAAAAUCUCAAAUGUCAUGAAUGCUGUCGCUCCUAAGACAAUCUUGAGGCGACCUAGAACACCGUGGAGGAGCACAAUGAUGGUAUAGACCUCUUCAAUCAAACCACAACAAAACUGAGAUAAUUGUUUUUGGCAAUAAAGAAAAGAGGAUUGUUGUUAGUAAAUACCUGGAGUCACUCUCUUUAAAAGACUAAGUCCGAAACCUCGGUGUUCUGAUAGAUUCCGACCUGACUUUCAACAGUCAUAUCAAAUCAAUUACUAAAACUCCCUUCUACCAUCCGAAGAAUAUAUCCAGAGUGAAGGCUUGCAUGUGUCAAGCAGAAGCUCAUCCAUGCUUUUAUCUCAAGUAGACUUGACUAUCAGAAUCAGAAUCAUCUUUAUUUGCCAAGUAUGUCCAAAAACACACAAGGAAUUUGUCUCCGGUAGUUGGAGCCGCUCUAGUACAACAAACAGUCAAUUUACAGAACACUUUGGAGACAGAAAGACAUUGACAAAAAAAAAAAAAAAAAACAGUCACUGAGCAGUAAAGGGUUGCUCGUUCUCUGGUAAUGCUCUAUUGUAAUGGUCUUCUGACUGGACUCCCCAAAAAGAGCAUUAAACAGCUACAGCUCAUUCAGAAUACUGCAGCUCGGGUUCUGACCAGAACGAGGUCAGAACAUAUUAGUCCAAUUCCCAAGUCUUUACACUGGCUUCCAAUCAGCUUUAGAAUAGAUUUUAAAGUUCUGCUACUGGUCUAUAAAUCACUAAACGGCUUAUGUCCUGAAUACAUGAAUGAAAUGCUCAUGGAAUAUAAACCCAGCAGUGCUCUGAGAUCAAAUAGCGGCGCACAGAGUCCAAAGCAAACACGGUGAAGCAGCAUUUAGCUAUUAUGCUGCACACAAAUGGAAUAAGUUGCCAACAGAAGUCACAUCAGCCCCGAGUGUGCAUGUUUUUAAGUCCAGGUUAAAGAUUCUUCUUUUUUUCCCCCCAUGCUUUCUGGAGCAUUUCCACUCUUAAAUGAUAUUCCUUGUUUUAAUUGUAUUUUUAUUUGAUUGUAUUUUUUCCUUUUUGUUUUUAAUGUUUAUAAGCUGUUUUUUUUUCUUUGUUUUUAAAUUCUUUUAAUCAU